GCCUUGCUACAGCACCCGAGCUCUUGCCAGAAGUACAACAUGCGCUCCUCCGUCCUUCUCGCUUCUGCCUUGGCCGUAGGCGCCAUUGCCGGUCCUCUCCACAAGAGGCUCAUGGUCACUGAGACCGACCUUGAGAUUGUGACCGUCACCGUCUAUGUCACCCCUGGCCAAGCAGAUCCAACGGCGGGGGGUCAGGCUAGAACUCGCGAACACGGACACGGCCACGGACACCACCAUCCCAAGCCUAAGCCGAGUGCUCCUGCCGCUUUCAGCUCGGCGCCUGCGCCUGCUCCAUCAUCUGCUGCGCCGAAGCCUUCCUCGGUCUAUACCCCUCCGCCACCGCCGCCGUCUUCUACCCCGACUCCUACCCCGGAACCCGCUUCGUCUCCGGCUCCUAGCUCUUCCGCAGCGGCGCCGUCAAGCCAGGCCCCUACCUCAUCUACUCCCACUGGCAAUGGCGAGCACACGUCCGGGACCAUCCAAGCCACUUUCUCAAGCGGCAUCGCCUACCAGGAAUCUGUGCUGUGGCACCACAAUCGCGCCCGCGCAAACCACGGUGCUACGCCGCUCGUCUGGAACACCACCUGUGAGGACGCUGCUAGAACUGCGGCUGCAGUGUGCGACUUCCAGCACCACGUGGUCAACGGCCAGGGCCAGAAUCUAUUCACCGUCUCCGGUGACAUGUUCAACGUGACCGGUGGCAUUACCGAUAGCUGGUAUAAGGGGGAGGCAGAUGUCUACACUGCAUGGGGUGCGAAUCCCGAUGAUUCUACCUUCCAUCAAUGGGGCCAUAUGACGCAGGUGGUCUGGAAGGGAACUACCUCGGUUGGUUGCGUCAGCAUCGAUUGCGGGUCGGCCAUGACUAUCAACGGUCGAGCGUCGGAGCUCAACAAGUACACCGUGUGCAACUACAGCCCCCCUGGCAACUACGGGGGCCAGUACGCUCAGAACGUCGCUGCACCCAUCGGAGACUACCACAAGUUCCUCUGGUCCGACUAGGCGGGCUCGCUGUCCACUCGAUUAACGGUGCUUCCUCUUCCUCGCUUAUCGCAUUGCUGUAGGGCAUCAGGUGUACGGGGCUGCAGGUCGAUAUGGCAGCUGCUUGCAUGA